UGGGCGUUAUCCAGAGCCAGACAAUUAACUACCUUCCUUCCUUCCAGGCUGCCAGCGCCAUGACCUUCCCUGCCUGCCUGGCUUCCCCCUCCCCUCGUCGACGCCACGACCCUGAUCGAAUUGGAGCCCAGGAGUGAGUGAGUGAGUGAGUGAUUGUGUGAGUGUGUGAGAUGGCAGAGUCCCGAGCGAUGGCAGCUGCUCAGUCACACCUCCCAAUCGUUGUCCUGCGAAGGGGUUUGCCGGAAUCUGCCGGAGUGCGCUCGGGGGGAGUACUUCAAGUGCCUGGUCGCAGGCGAGCAGGGUCGUUGAUUGUGGCUGCAGCGUCGGAUGAGAGCGGGGGGAUGAAGAAGGACCCGAGACGCCCCAGUGAGGGGAUCUUUAGCUUCGUGACGGACAAUGAAUCUAGUCGGAAUGCAAUCCAGCUGCCAAAUGCGCCCGCUAUGGAUGGCAAUUUGGGGCAGAUGAUCACGCAAAUUGAAAAUAAGGGAAGAGAUUAUGGCUCAUAUUUGCGAGCAGGCGAGUUUCGAUGGUGGGUCAGAGAAACAGGUUCUCGUGACGCAAGGAAUGGUACUGUGGUUUUCUUGCAUGGUGCACCUACUCAAUCCUACAGCUACAGAGUCGUGUUGGAACAGAUGGCUAAAGAAGGAUAUCAUUGCUAUGCUCCAGACUGGAUCGGUUUCGGAUUUAGUGAAAAGCCUCAACCCGAAUACGAGUUUUCUUACACAGAGGAAGCUUAUCACGAGGAGUUUGACAAGUUACUUGCUAAGCUGGACAUUUCAUCCCCCUUCUAUCUUGUCACUCAGGGCUUUAUAACGGGAUCAUAUGGCUUAACGUGGGCUCUGAAAAACCCUACUCGGGUGAAGAAGGUUGUUGCAAUGAAUACACCACUGACACCAUCUGCUCCUCUUCCAGGAAUAUUUCAACAAUUGAGGUUUCCUUUAGUUGGGGAAUUCACCUGUCAAAAUGCCAUUCUUCCAGAGAGAUUUGUGGAAGCUGGAAGUCCGUAUGUUCUUGAGCUGGAUGAUGCUGAUGUUUAUCGUCUUCCAUAUCUGGACAGCAGCGAUCCAGGCUUUUCUCUUUUAGCUGCGGCUCGAAAGGCUCCACUCAAGGAUCUAACCACACGAAUCGCUCAAGGAUUUGCUUCUUCCAGUUGGAAGGUACCAACGACAGUUGCAUGGGGCGUAAGUGACAAGCAUUUACCCAAAUCCGAAGCAGAGAAUUUCGUGAAAACCAACCCCGAUGUACUCAAGGCAGUCAUGCUUGAUGGCACCGGUCAUUUGCCACAAGAAGACUGGCCAGAAAAAGUGGUCGAGGCUCUCACAAGAUUCUUUUAUUAGCCGACUAUCUCGAUUAUUAUUCAGAAAAGGCCAUUCUUUUGAUGCUUUUUCGACAUUAUAGCAUACGUCUUCAUAUCCAUACUUGAUAUCAUUGUGCAGCUCCUCAUCUUAUUUUACUCAUCCUUUUUUCCUUCUGAUUUCAAAUA